ACAUCCUUCAAGCCAACGCCACCAUCCUCGCCUUCCGCCAUCAAUCCCUACCCUUCAUAGCCAGCUCGCUCUUGCUCUUGCCCUUGCCCCUUCUCGCCCCCCAGAACUUCCAAUCCGCACGUCUUCUCUCUCCUGCAUCGAUCUACCGCGGUGGGUUAGAAUUUGCAGCUCAUCGCAGUUCUAGGAUUUGUGGGGAAGUCCUAUUUGAUUGACAGCUACAGGGGUUUCCAUUUGGAAAGAUUCAAUGAUCUAAUGGAGUCAAAAGGUGGCAAGAAGAUGUGUAGCAGUAAAUCUUCAUUCUAUGAAGCUCCUCUAGGUUACAGCAUUGAAGACGUCAGACCCAACGGUGGCAUCAAGAAGUUCCGAUCAGCUGCUUACUCCAACUGCAUGCGCAAACCAUCCUGACAUCCCCCAUUCGGCUUCUCGACCACUUGAGUUGGUCAAUUUUCUGAUCUAGAAAUAAGUUCAUUUUUUCUUCUCCUCCAAGAAAAAGUCUUUCUGUUCCUCUCUCCCUCCUCUCUGCGGCUUCAAUCUCUCUGCAAGCUUGGGCGUCCUUGUAACAGCAAUGGCUCUUGAAGUUUCUGCAAUUGGCUUUGAAGGUUAUGAAAAGAGGCUAGAAAUAUCUUUUUCUGAACCCGGACUUUUUGUUGAUCCAGAUGGGAGAGGUCUCCGGUCGCUCUCUAGGGCUCAGUUGGACGAGAUUCUGAAACCAGCCGAAUGUACCAUAGUCUCGUCGCUCUCUAAUGACUAUGUCGAUUCCUACGUGCUAUCAGAGUCUAGCCUCUUCGUCUUCCCAUAUAAGAUUAUCAUUAAAACCUGUGGGACGACGAAGCUACUUCUGUCCAUUCCACCCAUCUUGAAUUUGGCGAGCUCUAUUUCCCUUACAGUAAGGUCUGCAAAGUACACUCGCGGUUGUUUUCUAUGCCCUGGAGCUCAGCCAUAUCCUCACCGUAACUUCAGCGAAGAAGUUUCUGUCCUUGACCGUUAUUUUGGGAAGCUUGGCUCGGGAAGCAAGGCCUAUCUGUUGGGCGGAUGGGACAAAACCAAAAAUUGGCACAUGUAUUCUGCUUCUGCAGAUGAAGUCAAGUCUGUUUCCCCUGUUUACACCAUGGAGAUGUGCAUGACCGGUUUGAACAAGGAGUCGUCUUCUGUGUUCUUCAAAUUCCAAUCGGCCAGUGCAGCUGCUAUGACCAUCGGUUCUGGAAUCAGAAAGAUUCUUCCCAAUUCCGAGAUUUGUGCUUUCGACUUCGAACCUUGUGGUUAUUCCAUGAAUGCUAUCGAAGGCUCUGCAACAUCCACCAUUCAUGUCACGCCAGAAGACGGGUUCAGCUAUGCCAGCUUUGAGGCAGUGGGCUAUGACCCAAAGAAUAUCGAUUUCAACCAGUUGAUUGGGAGGGUACUGGCUUGUUUCCGGCCAAAGGAGUUCUCCGUGGCUGUGCAUGCCGAUGUUGCGGCUAAGUCACUCGAGCAAAGCUGUUCUCUGAACGUUAAGGAGUACUGCAGUGGAGAGCGGUGCCUUGAAGAGCUUGGAGCAGGCGGUUCCAUCAUGUACCAGAGUUUCAUGAUGAAGGGUUGCCUUGCGCGGCCUGUUACACCGGUUUCUAAAAUCUGAACGCCGCUGGAGGGGGAGGAACAGGGAUGCUUCCUGUUCUACUUUAUGUUUGCAUUUCUUAGUAAAAUAAAUUCACUGCGUACUUGUCAAGUCUGCUGGGUAUUUUGGUGUUGCUGUAUUACUCAUCGUACUUCUUUUUCAUCAUCGGAGUAUCAUGGACAAAAUUUA